AUGUCGACGGACGCACCUCAGCAGAUCUCCACGCAGUCCCCAGCCGCUGCUGAGGCCGUGAGCACCGUCGCGUGUGCGAUUUGCCGGAGACAGUUCGCGCGGUACACCUGCCCGCGGUGCAAUAUUCCAUACUGCUCCCUGACAUGUUUCCGCUCCGAGAGUCACAAUGGAUGCUCGGAGACAUUCUAUCGCCAGGAGCUCGAGGCGGACGUGCACAGCUCGCCCUCGCGCACCACCGAGGAGCGGCUGAAGAUGAUGGAGCUUCUGAGGCAGUUCGAAGAGGGCGCAGCGGACGCGGACCUCCUCGGCGAGACAGAUUCCGACAACGAGGGCGAGGACGUGGACCUCGUGCGGCGGUUAGGAAAAGUAGACCUAGAAUCCGUGUCGUCCGAAGAGCUGUGGGCCAAGCUCACCCCGGCUGAGCGUGAUAAAUUCCUCAGGGCACUCGGCGACCCCUCCAGCGAGCUCGCUCAGCAACUCUUGGCAAGCGAGGAGCUGGAGAAGGCGCGAGUGGAGCCCUGGUGGGAGGCGCAGCCGUCGGUUGCAGAGGAUGCAGAUGCAGUUGUUGAGGGAAGGGCGCUCCCGGAGAACGCGACGAGGAAGCGGUUUGGCGCGCGCCCUGAGAUGAUGGAUGUCCCUCUGGCGAUGGUGCACGCCGCUACCGCGUCGGUCGGAAGCGCGCCCAUACUAUUGUACAACAUGUGCGCACUCUGCAUGGCGUAUGCAUACACGACGCGGCACCUCGCAAUGUCUCCGCUCAGCGCGCUCUCGCUGGGCGACCCGGAACACGCCGAGGCGUGCCGUACCAUCGCACACCUCGCGCCGUUCCUCGCGGACCGCAAGUCUGCGACAAUCCAUCCGACGCUCUCCAGCGUAGUUACAGACUUCUGGUCACGCUUCGAGCCCGGGAAAAUGACGUCUCCGUUCCUCUCGGUUCUACUUCGUGACACUGCGAUCCUCCUCCGGCCUGCACCCGUUACCGUUCUCCGCCGCGCGACCAGUAGCGGCAGUGACAGGGGUGUCUCCGGCGCAUUGCGUGAGUCCACGCAGGCGCAGGACGGGCGCGCAGAUUUGGCGAGUCACCCCAAUGCCCUCGCCAUACUUGCGCUGUCCGACCUCUUCGCGCUCUUCCAGGCUGCUCCGCGCGCGACGCAAAUACCGGCGCCACCGGAACCACCGGAACCACUGCCUUCGAGCGUACCGCCGCUGCCCUCUGGCAUGCCGACGAGUAUUCCCUUGAGUGUGCCCCCACCGCUGACUUCGGGUGCCGCGCCUCAUCCCCCAUCGCCGGAGCGCGUGCGCGGCUCCAAGCACAUCCCACACAAAUUGACGUUUUAUGCGGCUCAUGUGCUUGGUGCACCGACGGCGAUGCUGCGCGUGCUUGCGGACGAGGUCGCGGUGCGCGCUCAGGCCGUCGCACGGGAGGGUGCGGACGUCGAUUGGGAGGGCCCCAGCACCGGUGUGGCGGCUGCCAGUAGGGAUCGCGAGGCCAUGCGUGAGACGUUUCCGACGGGCAACCCGGUGAUUGAGGAACUGCCGUGA